CUUCGCCAGUUUUGACUUUCUGCAAGAAACUCGAGACAUAGUCUGCUGUCGAGACACCCUCGGCUUCGUCAUUGUCCUCCCUCUAGCCUGUCUCGCGCAAAAUCGGUCGAACCCGUCUCCUGUGAACAGACUCAGGACACACUCGGGAGUUCUUUCGCGUCUCCGGUGAAUCUUCCGAUCUCUCCCGCCUCUUCUUCCCGCUCCUCCCUCCCGUCUUUCACUUUUCCUCCCUUCCUGCGCCGCACACUUUCCGUCUGCAUCUCCAAGAUGGCACUGUCUCCGCAAGAGUCGCCGACCUCCUCCGAGGUCGUCGACCUCUCAGCUGUUGUCUCUCCAGCGGCUGUCUCUGGAGCCGGCGAAGAUGCCGCGCUGCGUCCCGCGACUCCGAGUGUAUGUACACCGUGUUGCGUGUGCCGGGGGUCUGCGAAGGCCGAGGGAGAAGGGGGCAACUCGGCGGAGGCGCUCGGCUUCCAGUUGGUUCAGCACUUUUCUUUGAAAACGAUUUGCAUUCGCGAGUGGAAAUGCAUGCAGACGGGUGUGCGCGUCCUCCUCUGUCGCAUCGCUUCUCCCCUCUGCAAUCUCUACGCCACACUACCCACGGAAGCUCAUACGGAUGAAGGUCUUCCUCACACACUCGAACAUCUCGUCUUCCUCGGAAGUCGACGCUUCCCCUACAAGGGCGUUCUGGACUUCCUCGCGAAUCGCUGUCUCUCGCAAGGCACAAAUGCGUGGACCGCGACCGACCACACGACGUACACUCUCACCACUGCCGGCAGCGAAGGCCUGCUGAAUCUCCUGCCUGUGUAUCUCGACCAUCUGAUGAUUCCGACUCUUCACGACAACGCGUUCAAGACCGAGGUCCACCAUUUGACGCAGAACGCAGGAAGUGCAGGGGUCGUGUACUCUGAGAUGGAGGCGCGAGAGAGACAGGCGUCUUCGGUCCUCUAUCGCAAGCUCGUCGAACUUGUCUAUCCAGGAGACAGCGGCUACCGCUACGAGACGGGAGGUCUCAUGGAGCAGAUUCGCCGCACGUCCAAUGCACGCGUUCGCGAAUAUCACAAGAACUUUUACAAGUGGAGCAACUUGUCGUUGAUUGUGACGGGUCUGGUGGAGGCGACAUCGCUGCUCGACACUGUGAGGCGUUCGAUAAAGCAGAUCGAGGAGGCGAAAACGCUGCCGGCGCCUCCUGCUCUCUCCGCCUGUCCAGAACUAGAUGCGCAGAUCGCGAAAGCCGUAGGCCCUCCCGAGCACGGCGAGAGACCUCUCGCUUUCUCUGGCGAGCGCCCCUGGACCGACGAUCGCAAUGUCCGUCUCCCUGCGUCUCCUUCUUCUCCUCAGUCUUCUUCUCCGGCGUUCCAUCGAGUGUACUUCCCUGCAGAUGACGCCGAGAGCGGGCGAGUGGCGCUGGCCUGGCGAGGCCCGGCAUGGAAAGACGCGCUAGGCAGAGAGGUGGUGGACAUCUUGGGAAGUUACUUGUCUGAAGGCAACGUCGCUCCGCUGCAGCGCGAACUCGUUCAGUGCGACGACCCGGUCUGCGCAACCGUCGACUUCUCCUCCGAGAACUUCCGAGAAACGUCCUUCUUCCUCGAAGCCGCAGACGUGAGGCUCGAGGGGAGACGUGGCGGGGAGAGGGAGAGCGAGAAGGAGACGCGGGAGAACGCGUGCAAGAAGCAGAAGCGCGAGGAAGACAAGGCGGAGGAGGAGAGGCUCGCGGAGAACAGAGAGCUGGAAGCCGUCGGGAAACGCAUUCAAGAAAUAAUUGCUAGGGAAGCAGAGGGACCUCUCGAUUUAGCUCGCUUGCGCAUGCUGUUGAGACGAGAACUCCUCCAGUUCUACCGCGCGCUGGAAACCAAUCCUCACGACACAAUGGCGGAGCUUCUGAACGAGUACAUCGUGAACCACAGGCACGCAGAGGACUUGCAGAGUUUCCUGAACCUUGCUGGUGUCGUCAACUCGCUCGCCGAGCAGCCCGAAACGUUUUGGCGGGGCGAGCUUCGUCGCUGGUUCCUCAAUUCGAGCUCGGCUUUCCCCGCGGGGGUCGCCUGCUACCCCAGCACGUCGCUGGCGAGCAAACUGCAUGCAGAGGACCAGGCGCGCGAGGCGCGGCUCAGGGAGUCCGUCGGCGAAGCGCAGCUCGCGAAGCUCGCGGCGACUGUGGAAGAAAUCAAAGUUCAGCAGAAGCAGCCACCCCCGAAGGAUGUGCUCCUCUCUGUGCCUGUCGCCAGCAUCGACAAAGUUGUCUUGCCCGACAAGGCCCCGCUGUCAAACUUCGACGACCCACGGGACGAAGAAGAACUGCGCGAAGGAACGAGAGAGGAGAGGAAGGAAAAAGGAGAUGCAAAGCGAGGUGGAGAGACGACCUGUCAGACGGGAGGGGAGGAAGCGAAGAAGCGCGGAGAAGACGUGCUUUCGCGUCUGCCUUUCCCUGUCCAACUCGAUGCGCAAGCGACGGAGUUUGUCCAGAUAAAACUUUUGUCGCGCAUCCCCGAGAACCUCUCGCCGCACGAACGCCGAGCUCUGCUUCUCCUCGCAGAUCUCGUCUUCGAAUGCGACGUCCUGUUUCCUGCUGCACUCGCUGAAGUCCUUCACGUACAACCUUCUUGCUCUCCUUGUUCCUCUGCUGGUUCUUCAUCGAACGCGGGAGAAUGUGUGGCGACUGAGAGGCAAAACGCUGUGGACGUGGCGGGGUACGUGCGAGUCUCCUACGAGCAGUUGACGCGGCUGGUGUUUGAGCACGCGACUUCGUCAUCAGCAGGUCUUGGAUUCCACGCAGAGAGUGGCGCUGGCGCAGGCUCUGCGUCGCUCAUGUACGACCUGUUCUCGCUCUCCAUCACGGCGCCUGUGGACCGGUACUUCCAGGCGACGGCGCUACUCUUCGGCGUGCUCUGCGGCCUGCAGAUCGAGGCCGCGCGGGUGUCCGUACACCUCAAGCGACACCUGAAGCAGCUGGUCCGGAAGAAGCGGUCCGCGAAGUUCCUCGUGCAGCAACUGGAAACCAGCCUGCGGUACCGCCGCGGCGCCGUGCCCAACUCCUGUGGCUGGGGGCAGCAGCUCGCCACCAUGAAGCGCAUGCAGAAGGACCUGGCGCAUGCGACCCAGACCCUCAUUACGGUGUACAGACACCUCUUCCAACAGCUCGCGUUCGGAGUUCACAUAGUCGCGGAUGUCGCGCAACUCCCCGCAGGUUGGGAGAAACCGUGGAGAGACCUCCAAGCGCUCCUCGCCGCCCGCCCGAUGCUGCUCGAUCUGCCGCUCGCAGGCGAGAAGCACGAGAAGACGGAGAGUCGAUUGAACGAGAAGACGCCGGACGGCGAGACUGAGAAGGACAAGGAGCCCUGGGGAAAGAAAAAGAAAUUUGCUGCGAUUGCCAAGGUUCUCGGGGUGCGGCCGUCAGCGUGCGACAACGUUUUCGCGGAGCCAGAGACGCAGAGUGGCAGGGGGAAAAUGCAGGAAGAAGAAACGCGAAUUGCAUGCGGCAUUGGCAGCAGCGACGCCGGACACGUUCUCGUCUCCGUCAAGGGUCCUGUCGGCUAUGGAGAAAAAAACAAAGACCUGGCCGCCAUCAUGGUCAUGGCCGAGUGCUGCUCCAUGAUGGAAGGUCUCCUCUUCCGCACAGUCCGCGGCGCAGGAUUUGCGUACGGCUGCGACUUCGCCUACUUCCCGUGGCAGGGACAGCUCACUCUUCGCCUCUCUCCCGCGACAAAUCCUGCAGCUGCCGUGAAGGCCGUCGUGGAAGAAUUCCGCUCUCGCGUUCAAGCGUCGAUUGCAUCAGGGACGAGGAUCUUUUCCGACGAGGAAAUCGUUGCUGGCAAAUGCGGAACUCUCUUCUCAAUCGUUAGCCGUGAAGAGACGCAAAGUUGCCAGGCGGCACAGUCCCUGAUCUGGCCUCUGCGGGGACAAACGCGCGACGAAAAUCGGCGGCUGCUCGACGCCGUGGCGAACACGACGGCCGAGGAAGUCGAAGCAGUUGCUCGGGUGUAUCUGCACUCCGUCGUGGUCGCCUUGACCGGCUCCGACGAAGAGCGCGAGCGCGUCGGCGGAACCGUGUGCAUCGUGACAAACAAGAAAAAGGCUGAGGGAACAGUGAAAGAUCUGGAGGCGGCAGGGGUAAGAGUCACCCUCGUGCAUACAGAGCACACGCUGCGACAACUGCAGCUCGGCGAAGGCGACACUCUCAGCGACUUGGGAGAAGAAGAAGAGGAUGAGGAGGAGGGAGAGGACGAGGACGAAGACGAGGACGAAGACGAAGAAGAGGAAGGAGACGACGAAGACGACGAAGAUGCAUGCUGCGGCGGAGAACGGGAACACGAUGCUCAAUGCCACCAUUAAGAAGGCGCGAACGUCGAAAAGCAGGUGCCACCUCCCUUCGCUAUCUUCGGAGUCUUUCAGCUUGCCAGCUUCUUCUUUCGCUGUUCCUCUGAAUCGAUACCUAUGUCCUUCCACCUCUCUGUACAUAUACAUGUAUGUGACUGUGUGCCUGUAUCUUGAUAUACAUUCAUCUUUGGGUAUGGGUAUAUAUGUAUAUAUAUAUAUAUAUACAUGCAUACUGAAUAAGUAUUUAUCUAUACAUAUGUUAGUGGAAGAAUUUUCAUGUGUUUUUCUGCAUUUGCAUGAGCGUAGGCUGACUUGGGUUUCCGUAUUAAGACCAUCCUUUCUCGUUUCCGGUCCCCGGAUCGACAAUGUGCCACCGCUCGGUGCCGGCCUCUGCUGCUGUGUGUUUUUUUUCUUGACCAACGAUUUUGUGUUACGCGUAGUCACUCCUAGUAUAAGCCGAUCUGAGGUGCGAGUCCUCGCCGCCGGCCCUUGUGCAAGACCCGUUCCGAGCGGUUCGCCCUUUACCACGUGCUGUGUUUCUUCCUCCCGAUAAGUCUCCCUGAGUUAACGAUGCCGCGUUUCCUGGGUCUCGGCUUAUAGGCGAACAAACCUCAAUUGUAUGCAUGCAGAUGCCUCGGCGU